AUGCUGCUGAGGCGCUUGCUGUUGAUCUGUGCUCCACUCUGUGAAGCAACUGAGCUCUUCCUGAUACUCAGCCCCUCUCGGCCCAUAGAGGGGAAUUCAAUGACCCUGGCCUUUGAGACCCAGCCCCUCCAGAAGUUAGAUGUUCAGCUCCAGUUCCACUUCUACAAAGCUGGCAGACCCCUAGGGCUGGACUGGGACAGCAUCCCAGAGCUCUGGAUUCCUGCUGUGUGGAGGGAAGACUCAGGGUCCUACUGGUGUCAAGCAAAGGCAACACCACUCGGAGUCAAAAGGAGCUGCAGAGUCCAGAUCCAAGUACACGGACUCCCCAUCAGUAAUGUGAGCUUGGAGAUACAACCUCCAGGUGGAUACAUGAUGGAGGGAGAAAAGCUGGUUCUUGUCUGCUUGGUCACUGGGGGCACAGGAGAUAUCACCUUCUUCUGGUACGAAGGGGCCCUGGGUUUAAACCUGGAAAUGAAGACGACGGUGACGUUUGGGAUCUCUGUGGUGAAGGAGAGUGACUCUGAGCAAUAUUACUGUGCGGCUGACAAUGGCUAUGGCCCCAGGCUCAGUGAGCUGGUGAGCAUCACUGUCAGAAUUCCAGUGUCUCACCCUGUCCUCACCCUCAGGGCUCCUGGGGCCCAGGCUGUGUUGGGGGAUGUGGUGGAGCUUCACUGCAAGGUCUGGAGAGGCUCUCCCCCAAUCCUGUACCAGUUUUAUCAUGAGGAUGUCGCCCUGGGGAGCAGCUCAGCUCCCUCUGGAGGAGGAGUGACUUUCAACCUCUCUCUGACUGCAGAACAUUAUGGAAACUACUACUGUGAGGCCAACAAUGGCCUGGUGGCCCAGCGCAGUGAGGUGGUACCACUCAAUAUCAUAGGAAGUCGUUCAGCCAGGGAUCCACUCAGGAGCCUUCCCAGCCCUGUACCCCAAGAAUCCACCUACCUCAACUCACAAGCCCCAGAGCAACUACACCCUAACUAUGAAAAUGGUGAGGCUUCCCAAAUGACCUGGGCCAAAGUAGGCAGACCAAGCUGGGGAAGAAGCAAUAAGGUGAUGUCUAUUAACCAAAUCUGACCCUGCUGUGUCCCAGCUACCUCUACAAAUAAAUGAC